AUCAGAUUAUGUGAACGAAGAGAUGGAUAUUAGAAAUAGUAAAAAAGAAGCAACCAGUAGUGUAUAUGUUGGUAGCAUUGAUAGUGAUAUAGCAUUAGAAUUACAAUUACCUACAUUUAAUUCAACACAAAAUUUACGACCACUUUACAAAGGAUAUCCAACGAUUCCCUAUGAAUAUCAACUAGGAAUUGUUACUCCACUUGCACUUUUCUAA